GGUGGCGAUAUGUGACCUUUCAAUAAACACCAUCAGAAGAGGAAGCGCAAUUUAUGAACACGCUUGAACUUUCCUGACUUGGGAGCUGCCUCCGCUUCUCUAACCCCGUUUGCGUUAUAGAGACGAUGGAGAGGAGCGCGGGCACAGUUUCAGCUAUUGAAGCAUCGGGGUACCCGGGCCGCUCCUGCCGCGCGCGGUGUGACUGUGACGAGCUUCCCUGUCCGCUGCUCACCUGGCUGACUGCGGAGCUGACGGCUCUCUGUCCGGAGCUGCGAGACUCCAGCAGGAGAGGUGACGUCCUGCUGGUGGGGGAGUUGAGAACUUUACUGUCAAACAUGUUUUCUCCCCUCGCUGCGUUGACCUCGGAGGUGCUGGGACCGUCCAGCCUCAACAAAGUCACGGAGUUCCUUCUAUCCGAAUUGCAAGCGGCUCGAAUAGUAAAGCGUAAGGAAUUGCAUCCUGAGGAGAAAACAACAACAACAACAACAGCCGAUGAGUCUGAAAAAGAGCAGCGAGUUCCAGAUCACAGCCGUGAACUCGCCAAGUUUGGUGAGGAAUAUGAAGAUGACGAAGACAAAGACAGACGGACGUCAGAGAUGCAAGCAGAAUGGAUAUUACUGCUCCACGCCCUUGACAUGGAUGUCUCUGCUCAAUUUACGGAUGUGUUGAGUGAGGUGGAGUCGAGGCUCACUCGUCUACCGUGUGGAGACAUGGCAAACCCGCUCCUUAACGCCAGCCUCAGCUCACAGCAGUGGGCGCAGGUUAAAAAGAUCAACAAAGUCCUGUCAGAGGACUAUGACUGUCGGCGACAAAUGAUGAUCAAGCGUUUUCAGGUCACACUCGAGUCAUUUGCAUGGGGAGAGAAACAAAAGGAGCGCAGUGAAGCUCUGGCCACAGUGCCUCCUCUUUCCUCCCUCUCUUGCUCAUCCCUCGUCUCCUUGUCUCUGCUGAUCGCCGCCAGAGUGGAUAAGUUCCUGGUUGAGCCGAUCAAGGCUGCAACAAGCACCCCCGUCUAUAAGACGUUGAUGGGCGGUGUACCGGACAGAGGUGGACGACCAGGAGAAAUUGAGCCUCCUAUGCCAGCGUGGACGGAUCGAAAAGCGAAAGGAAACAGACCAGGAAGAGGAGGGGGUGGACCACAUCAAAAACAUAGAUUUUCCGAUAAAAAGAAGCGAGGGAAAAAUGAUUAACAUGUCUUUCUCUCGCUGUUUAAUUUGAGAAAGAAGUGACUUUUUUUUUACUAAAAUCCUUGUUAUGAAAUAAAAUAUGAGUGGUGAAAUGCUAUAAUAUAUGAUUUCUAUAGUUAUAAAAUAGGGCAAAAUUAUUGCUAAAUGUACCUUUCUUAUAGCCAUUAUUGCUAUAAUGUAAUAAUUUAUUACCAGAUAUUUUUGUUGAGAUCCAUAUUUGAAUAUAUUUUGUAUGUGUUAACAUGGCACAUUUAUAUGCAGCUUUGUUCGCUAAAUAAUAAAAAUGAAUGAAAAUGUG